UUGGGGCAUAUGAUCAGCAAAUAUGGGAAAAAUCUGUAGAACAAAAAGAAAUCAAGGGUUUGAGGAACAAGCCAAAGAAAACUGGGCAUGUCAAGCCAGAUCUCAUAGAUGUUGAUCUUGUAAGAGGUUCUGCCUUUGCUAAAGCUAAACCUGAAAGUCCUUGGACCUCUCUGACUCGAAAGGGAAUUGUUAGAGUAGUUUUUUUCCCAUUCUUCUUCAGGUGGUGGCUACAAGUGACAUCACAGGUUAUUUUUUUCUGGCUCCUCGUCCUUUAUCUUCUUCAAGUUGCUGCAGUGGUAUUGUUCUAUACUAUAGAAGGCCCACAUAGUAUACCUCUGACUGAAGUGAUAGGGCCAGUGUGGCUCAUGUUGCUUCUUGGAACUGUGCAUUGCCAGAUUGUUUCAACAAGAACACCCAAGCCAACUCCAAGUACAGGAGGAAGAAGGCGAAGGAAAUUAAGGAAAGCAGCACAUUUGGAAGUACAUAGGGAAGGAGAUGGCUCUAGUACCACAGAUAACACACAGGAAGGAACAGUGCAGACCUACGGUACAAGCACCUCUUACAGUAUUGGCGUUUUCUUCAGAGAUAUCUGGCAUGCCGCUUUCUUUUUAUCAGGAUCAAAGAAAGCAAAGAAUUCAAUAGAUAAGUCAACAGAGACUGACAAUGGGUACGUCUCCCUUGAUGGAAAGAAGACCAAUAAAAACAGUGAAGACGUCUUACAGUUUCAUGAGGCUCACUCUGAAGUUUUUAGAUCAGAAGAGACAUGCUGGAGCACAGGAACAGUCAGAAAUACCUAUAAUAAUUCUAGUCAUCAUAAAGACCCUCACAGAACAGUUGCAAACAUGUCUGAUGAAGUUUCAAGCGAGGAGGGACCGGAAGCUGGCUAUCACUUGCGUCGUAAUGCGGAACGUGCUUCCAACGAUUGUGCAUUUCGAAACAGAAAGUCCCAUCAUUAUAAGAAACAUUAUCCCGUAGAGGAUAUCCCUAAAUCAGGCACUAGUUGUAGUUCACGGUGUUCAAGUUCCCGACAAGAUUCAGAGAGCACAAGGCCAGAGUCUGAGACAGAAGACGUAUUGUGGGAAGACUUGUUACAUUGUGCAGAGUGCCGUUCAUCCUGUACCAGUGAAACAGAUGUUGAAAACUCUCAAGUUAAUUCAUGUAUGAAGAAAGAGUAUAGAGAUGAUCCAUUUCAUCAGAGUCAUUUGCCCUGGUUCCACAGUUCUAACCCUGGGCUGGAAAAAGUGAGUGCAAUCGUUUGGGAAGGUAAUGACUGCAAAAAAGCUGAUAUGUCGGUGCUUGAAAUCAGUGGCAUGAUAAUGAACAGGGUGAACAGCUAUAUACCAGGAAUAGGCUAUCAGAUUUUUGGAAAUGUUGUCUCUUUAAUCCUGGGGUUGACUCCAUUUGUAUUUCGACUUUCUCAAGCUAAGGAUCUGGAGCAUCUAUCUACACAUUCAGCUACCGAACUUUAUGCUAUAGCAUUUGGGUCAAAUGGAGACAGAAUGGUUCUUUCCAUGGUUAUAAUAUGCUUUAUAGUCCGUGUCUCCCUUGUGUGGAUUUUCUUUUUCCUCCUGUGCGUGGCUGAGAGAACCUACAAACAGCGGCUGCUUUUUGCCAAACUCUUUGGCCAUUUAACAUCAGCAAGAAGGGCACGAAAAUCAGAAGUUCCUCACUUCCGGUUGAAGAAGGUACAAAAUAUUAAAAUGUGGCUUUCCCUCCGCUCAUACCUAAAGCGGCGAGGUCCUCAACGAUCAGUUGAUGUAAUAGUCUCAUCUGCUUUUUUGUUGACAAUUUCUGUUGUAUUUAUCUGCUGUGCACAGCUGCUUCAUGUGCACGAGAUCUUUUUAGAUUGUCACUACAACUGGGAACUAGUAAUCUGGUGUAUUUCAUUAACUCUGUUUCUUCUAAGAUUUGUUACACUUGGAUCUGAAACAAGCAAAAAAUAUAGCAAUACCUCAAUAUUACUUACUGAACAGAUAAAUCUGUACUUGAAAAUGGAAAAGAAGCCAAACAAGAAGGAAGAACUGACACUAGUGAAUAAUGUUUUAAAACUGGCUACAAAAUUACUCAAGGAGCUGGACAGUCCCUUCAGGUUAUAUGGAUUGACAAUGAAUCCUCUGCUUUAUAACAUUACUCAAGUUGUCAUUCUGUCUGCUGUUUCCGGUGUUAUCAGUGAUUUACUUGGAUUUAAUCUAAAGCUCUGGAAGAUCAAAUCCUGACAUUUUGCAAAAAAAGGAACCAAACACAAUCCUCGGCAAAAGAGAACUGAUUGACUCAGCUGCCUCAAUGCAGUUGCUGAUUGAGUGUUCAGAUGUUAUGAUAUCUUUAAGGAUGUUGUUUGAAAAAUUGAGGUGUUUACAUCUGGCUAUCUUGUGCAAUCUCUGUAUUUAUUUUACCUUUUAAAUUUUGUAAACUGUUUUAGCUGACAUUGUAUUUUAUUUUGAAACAUUGAUAUGCUUCGAAAGGGUCAAAAUGGGUAUCCAGGUACUUGAGAGCCUGGUAAUUGGUCAUUCAAAUUUGAUCAAAUGUGCUUCUUUUUAUUUUUUAU